UUCAGUUUCAGCUACAAUUAGACGCUGUUUAGUAUACUCUCAACUUUAUGCUCUAUUCAAAAAUUCUAGAAAUAAUCGUAACUUUUUUAUUCCAUACCUAUGCAGAAUGAGUACCGUUGGUUUCGAGAAGCUUUCUUCCUUUUGCAAAUCGCUGCGGGACUCUGAGUUGCGCACCGUCGCUUUGCUCGGCUGCCCGAUGAAGAUUCGAAAAUCUCGACACUUCUUUCAGCUAGAGGUCACAGUUCGCGGGCAUGUUGAUAAUGAUAUGUCGCCGGACUCUCGCAUCAGUUGCAAGAUGGUCUUCAUGUGCCCAAAAUUCUAUCCGCGCAGCAUGCCCGAGGUGCACAUCAGAUCGAAGAAGAACUUUCCCGACUAUCUGGAGAGUGUCAUCUUUUCCGAAUACGAUCGAGUGACGCACCUGGACUGUGGCUCACAGUACAUAAUACCCAUGGUGAGCAGUGCCCUAUAUAUGAUCGAGCGCGAGGAGCAGAAGAGAUCUGAGCAUGCCGUUGGCGAGAAUGAAACAAGAAACUUGUAGCCACACGGUGUGCCCAGCGUUUUGUCCAAUGGAAUGUAGCUCUUAGAAACAGGGCUGUUUUUUAUUUUUGUUUUGUUUUUUAAAUUUAUUAUCCGUGUGAUGGUCGACAAGGCCAUAAGUGAAAUACUUGGGAUCGAGCACGAUGGCUCUUUUUCUUGAUAAAAAUUUGACUAUGAAUGGAAGUUUGAAAUUUUGAAAUCUCUACGUUGAUGAUAAAAAUGAAAAAAAAUUUAUGUGAAUGUCCCCAAAGUGCAUUUAAUGCGAAAUGAAAAAUUUUCAAAAAAUAUAAAUAUUUCUUCGAUGAA